AUGCGUCCUAAGUUUGUUCAAAUCUUCGUAGCGACCGGACUCAAGAACCCGAUUCUUCCAGAAUGGAACCCAGAUCCCUCGAUCCUACUGGUUGGCAGCAACUAUUAUCUCGCAACCUCUUCUUCCGCAUAUUGGCCAAGUACGCCAAUCUACACCUCCACGGAUCUCGGUAAUUGGACGUUGUACGCUCAUGCAUUCACGAGGCCCAGCCAAGUGCAAAUGUACGGCGUCCCUACGGGAGCUGGUAUGUACAUACAUGCUGAACCUCGUUUCAUUCCUGCAGCGCCCGAGUCUUUUCUGCUGAGAAGUGUAGGUACUUGGGCCUUAACAUUGUCAUAUAUGAACGGACUGUACUACCUGGCAUCCAUGACACGAUGGACCUAUGACCCUGUUGCUCGUGCAGGGCCCCGCGUGAUGUGGUCCGUGUCCGAGGAUCUCAAGACGUGGAGUGACCCGAUCUGGUCCGACUGCUGCGGAAUUGAUCCAUCUAUGUUCCAAGACCCGGUCUCCAAAAAGGGAUACCUCAACCUGAUAACGCCGAAUAACGACGUUGACAGAAUCUGGGGGAUCUACCAGUGCGAGGUCGUCCUCAGCACCGGGCGAUGUACGGGGCAGUAUCGCUCCUUGUGGAAUGGCACCAUGACACACGAUUCCUCUACGAGGCCCGAGAGCCAAGAAAUGUUCUGGCGUGAGGGGUUCAAUUAUCUCUUGAUUGCUAAAGGCAAGUCUACUUGA